CGCCUUUUCAUCUCCCAGUACUUGGUGCUACCACAAUUCACCAUGCGCUUCCUCACGCUCUUCCUCUCCUUCCUCGCCGUGUUCAACACGGCUGUCACCACAAACGCGCUGCUCAUCGACCUCGACCCAGUCAGGCUGUUGGGUGUCGACUUUUCGGCGAGAACCAAUUAUAAUGCGCCCAGGCCUCCGUGGGUUGGAGGCGCUGUGCCGGGUUGGUACUUUGGGCCGCACCCAGAGAGGCAUCCCAAGUUGUUCUGUUUGGUUGGGCUCGUAUGCAGACUCUUGGACCUCCUCCCACUUCCAUUCAAGUGCCCUAAGCUCCCGCCCCGCCCGCCCCCAAAGCCUACCCCGACUGGCACCUACCCUCAACCCACGCCUACUCCUCCGGCUGAUGGGUAUGAGCAGACCUUCAAGAACUUGACGGGUGCGACGCAAGGGCAUGAUUAUUUGACUUUUGGAUUGGUUGAUACUGUUCCUGAUUGCAAGGCGAUGUGCAAUGGCAUUCCCGAGUGCAAGUUUGCAAACACCUACUACGACGUGAACGGCAAGGAUGGAAGUACCCAGCUUACUUGUGCGUUGUUCAAGGGCUGUCACGAUGCCAGCACUGCGACCAAUGAGGGUGGCCAGACCCAGCCGGAUGGGAGCAUUAAUUACAUCAGGAACAGUGAUGGGUGGUGCAAAGCUUAAUGAUCCAGCUGGGUGUAGGGGAAGAGGUGCAUCCGCUAUAGAUGAGGUCCCCGGCCAAUUACCAGAUCUUACCUGACUUUGAUUCUUUCGUGGAACUGAUAUAUACCUUCACUCUAAGGGCAUGUAUGUACUGUACUGGCCCUGUAUUAUUCGUCGUUCGG